AUAAGACUGGAAUGUAAUUACGUUUACUCGCUUCACAGCCGUAUCUGCAUCCAGCGGUUGAGAGAAGCCCCCAGGUUGUCGGAGAGUUUUUCUUCCGUUGGAUUCACGUCAGGCAAAACACGCCGCUGUAUCUUAGUACGUCAAACCCACAGCCUAACGCUCCAGAUGGCGGCUCGCAAUAUUUGAGUCAAGCUUGCCGUCCAUACUCUGUAGAGAUGCAUGAAUGUUAACGACGUCUGUGAAUGGUGCGAUAUUCAAUAUCUCGUGGGCGGAAAGAUUUGUCAGGGGCGGCAGGAGGAUUAAGCAAAGGUUUUGCUGAAUUUAAGCUUAAUUAAAGAAAGAUCUUGGCGCCAAAGUGCUCCAAGAAAGGAAGCGUUGCAUCUUAACCAGAAUAUUUCGUGAUGGCCGGCGCCGUUGCGGCAUCUCAGUUGCCGUCUUUGAACUUAAAUCGGCGUGGCCUAGGGUUUAACGUUACGGGGGUUUCAUUUCGGACAGACAUUUGCCCCAAGGUUAGCUUUUCGUCACUUGAAGCAUUCGGCGUCUCGGGAGAUGCUAGUGUUUGUCGUUUUAGAAGGGAAAAUGUGGUGAGUAGGUGCGAAAGCCGAAGUACAGCAGUGGUCGAGAAGACAGGUAGUGGAAAGAAGAAGAACGAGGAGCAACAGUUGAGUUGCGUCAUGAAAUUUGGUGGCUCUUCGGUCGCAUCAGCUGACAGAAUGUUGGAAGUUGCUGAUUUGGUUCUCAGUUUUCACGAUGAAAGGCCUGUUAUUGUUUUAUCUGCCAUGGGAAAGACAACUAAUAAACUCCUCCAGGCCGGGGAGAAGGCUGUCACCUGUGGUGUAGCAAAGGUCCCUGGAAUUGAGGAAUUAGCAUUCAUAAAGAAUCUACAUUUACGCACUAUUGAUGAGCUUGGAGUUGACCAGUCAACUAUAUCAGAGCUGUUGGAGGAGUUUGAGCAACUUCUGACUGGAAUUGCAUUAAUGAAAGAAUUGACUCCUCGUACAAAAGAUUAUCUAGUUUCUUUUGGGGAACGCAUGUCAACAAGGAUUUUUGCAGCUUACCUGAACAAGAUUGGUGCAAGAGCUCGGCAGUAUGAUGCUUUUGACAUUGGAUUCAUUACAACUGAUGAGUUCACAAAUGCUGAUAUUUUGGAGGCAACUUAUCCUGCUGUGGCAAAAAGAUUACAUGGUGACUGGCUAAAGGAUCCGGCAAUUCCCAUAGUGACUGGUUUCCUUGGAAAGGGUUGGAAAACCUCUGCUGUCACCACCUUGGGUAGAGGUGGGAGUGACCUAACUGCAACAGCUAUAGGCAAAGCUUUAGGCUUGAGGGAGAUUCAGGUAUGGAAGGAUGUGGAUGGAGUACUGACAUGUGAUCCUAACAUCUAUUCUAAGGCAGAGCCUGUACCAUUUUUGACCUUUGAUGAAGCGGCAGAACUUGCUUACUUUGGUGCCCAGGUUUUGCAUCCACAAUCAAUGCGGCCUGCAAGAGAGGGUGAGGUUCCUGUAAGGGUCAAGAAUUCUUACAAUCCACAAGCUCCAGGCACACUUAUCACUAAAACCAGAGAUAUGAGCAAGGCAUUGCUGACAAGCAUAGUGUUGAAGCGCAAUGUUACAAUGCUUGACAUUGUAAGCACACGCAUGCUAGGUCAAUUUGGGUUUCUUGCAAAGGUAUUCUCUAUAUUUGAAGAACUGGGUAUAUCAGUUGAUGUUGUUGCUACUAGCGAAGUCAGCAUAUCGCUCACAUUGGACCCAUCAAAGAUUUGGAGUAGAGACCUCAUCAAGCAGGCAAGACCUCAUCAGGAAUUGGAUCGAAUGAUUGAAGAACUUGAAAAAAUCGCUGUUGUGCAUCUUGUUCAGAAUAGGUCUAUUAUAUCUUUAAUUGGAAAUGUUCAACGUUCCUCUCUCAUACUGGAGAAGGUAUUCUGUGUGCUUAGGUCCAACGGAGUAAAUGUACAGAUGAUUUCUCAAGGAGCAUCUAAGGUAAAUAUUUCUUUGAUUGUUAAUGACUGUGAGGCAGAACAGUGUGUCAAGGCUCUUCAUGAUAAAUUCUUUCAUCAAGAUGUUCUUUUGGAAAUUGGAACACAUGGCAAUGGAAGCUGCCAGUCUUGAACAACAAAAAACAUUCGCCACUUGCAUAAAUGUUUGCUGGCAGUGUAAUCCUAUAAAGAAUGGCUUGAAUUUUUGACUUGUAGAGUCUUCUGCAGAAGCAACAAUGCUUAGGGAGGAACAUAUUUGAAAGUUUUCCAUAACUUGAUGACAGUUUGGAAGUAUUCCUUUAAAUAUCAUUAUUGACUGUGCACUUCGUUGGCAUCAGACAAAUUUUUUGGAACAUAAUAUGUUCAAUCUGAGUUAGCAGAAGCCAGGUGAGUACUUACUGGGGUAGUUCGAAGGAAUUUGAUCUGCGGUGUAUGAAUAAUAUUCCAUUUUAUUGAGGAAUAUUAUUACUUGUCAAUUACCUGAAGCUCAUUCUUAUUCAUUCAUAGUGUAUUAUGGCAGAAAGUAUGAACAUCCAUGAUGUAGAUGAAAUUGUUGCUUUGCAUACCUUAAUAUUGUGUUGUAUUCUCUUUAUUAAGGCUUGGCCAACAAUAUUACUAGCAAUUUUAGUAUUAACGCUAA